GGACGUUUAGAGCCAUCGCACGUUGCUGCAGUUUAUGGAUUUGUCUAACCCUGUCAUCAUGAAUAUAAUCUUCGUUUGCUUUGCCGUUGUUAUGGUGUGUACACUUGUCCGUGGCGAUGAUCUUAUCGAGGCAAAUGAAGCUGGAGACGAAGCAUGUGAUCCUACAACAAACGUCUGCUUUAAGUUCUUUCACGCAUUAAGGGCGGAAUGGAGUGAAGCUAAAGACGUAUGUAUCUCCGAUGGAGGACAACUACUCAUCAUCGAUUCAUUUCCCCUUCACAAGAAGAUCAGACAAUAUAUUAACUCACAUCCGAGUAUUAGUAGUCCCAAGGGCGGGGGUUACUGGACUGGUGCAAAUGAUAUAGAAAAUGAGGGCGUAUUUGAACUUAAUGACUGUUCUCCAUUAAACUAUGAUGAUGGGUGGCAUUCUGAGAAACGUGGACAGAGAAUAAUAACUCAACCUAGCAACACAGUUAAAAAUGACAUCAAUGGACAGGACUGUGUCCAGCUAUGGGAACGCCCACCGAAACCGAAAAACGCAGUAUGGAAAUUCGACGAUGACUACUGCUGGAAGCGUAAAUCUUUCAUUUGCGAAUAUGCCGCUCUAACCUGCGGAAGUGGAUUUUAUGAACACGAAGGAGAAUGCAAACCGUCAACAUCGUAUUUCGUAACGUUCGUGUUUACCGCCGUAAAUGGUGAGACGUCUACCUACACUGAUGUUUACCUCGACCCAGCAUCGGACGAAUAUCGCACUCUAUCUGGAGUGGUUAGUCACUGGAUCAACUCAGUCCUUGAUAUAGAAAGCACAGAUUACUAUGGUAUUGAAAUCCUUGGUUUUUAUCCUGGUAGCAUAGGCGUCGAUGCUGUUGUACAUUUUGACCAGACUACUACUACAACAGCAACCGAUGUGCGAGAAUCUCUGAAUACUGCGUCUGACACUGCACCGUUAGAAAUACUUCAAGCAACCAUUAAUACAGCUGAUGAGCGCGUAUCAUGGCGAGAAGACGGCCGUUGUGGAUCACUUUACCGAGGAACAAACGGGGUCAACCCAGCUGAAUGUGAUCCUUAUGGUUCGACGCCUUGCUGCUCUUCUACGAAAGUCUGCGGCGAUUCACCAGAUCACUGUGAAUGUGAUGGAUGUAUAGACUACAGAGAUGUGUAUGGAGUUACCAUAACAACUACAGCUACAACUACAGCUACAACUAUGUCUACGGAUUCGGUUACUACUGAGGCUUCUGUGACUACAGAGUCAGUGGGUACACCAACGGCAAUCCCACCAGUGUCCACCACCGAGCCAGAGGAAGUAUCGGAAAAGAUUUACUGGGCACACUGGAAUAGCUCAACGUGGGAUCAAACAAUAUCCGUGUGUGAACAAAUGGGAGGAUCAAUUAUAACCAUUCCAAAUGCAGAGGCCCAGCGAAAGCUAGAAAUAAAGAUUCUAACUGACACAGAACAUGUUCGAACAGUUGGAUAUUACCUUGGAAUUCGUCGAUUACCGGAUGACACAUGGGCAAAUGUAGAUGGGUCUCCGUUGACGUAUACUAACUGGGACGAUGGCUAUCCUGAUAGCGAAGACGGUGACUGCUGGGGCUGGAAUUGGAGCUUCGUGGGAACCAUCGUUCGGGAAGUGGAGAAACCGACCUUGUUAUGUCAGACUGACCGUGCCUGUCAAUAUGAUGCCGGUGAACCUGAACCCGUGAUACCACCGGAAGUGAGAUAUUACAAGGCUUAUAUAGGACCUAAAAAUUGGGACUCAGCAAGAGAUGUUUGCAUGGACAAUGGCGGAGACCUUGCUUCAGCACCUGACGAAAGCGCUUAUAAACAGCUCGUAGCAGCACUGGUUGAAGAUGGCAUUUACACAAUAUUCGACUUCUUUUGGAUUGGGGUACGUCGGAACGAGGCGGAAGUUUUCGUUGAUUUGAAAGGAGUAGAACAGACUUAUUUGCUUUGGCCGGCAAUGGGGACGUAUACUAUACCAGAGCCACACGAAUGCGUCGCAGUUUGGACAUACAAAGGUAAUUUAUGGCCUUACUACUGGAGAACGUACUCCUGUACAUCGCCACAGGGUUUCGUGUGUGAGUAUUCGUCUGAACCAGAAGACGAUGGAGACGAAGACUGGGACGACGAGGGACAAACUGGAAGGUACCGUGUGUAUCAUGACUCAACUGACUGGCUAACAGCCAGAGGUUUGUGCCAGGAACGAGGCGGCGAUCUCGCGUCGGUUGCCAACGCAGAUGACCAGGCAGCUAUAGUGCAGAAAAUUGGCGUAAACAGUUGGACAUACCGUGGAUUCUGGAUAGGAGCUCACCGGGAGGAAUGGGCAGGAGACUUUUUAAAUCCAGAUGGAUCAGUCAUCACUUACAAUAAUUUCCAGUACACGCCGUGGAGUGGAUAUCGUUCCGCCUUCAUCAAAGCGCUUGGAUUUGGGCCAUCUUUCGGCAAAUGGGAUGCCAGCUAUCCCAAUGUGUGGAGAUAUUAUGUUU